CGGUCAGGUGGCGGCACCGCGCAUGCGCGGCGCCCCCACUUCCGGCGCCUCGCGGCGGCCCUCCCUGAGGCGAUUAAAACGGGUUUUAUUUCUCAUCCUCCGCUCCGCGGCUCCGCGACGGCGGCACUUUUGCGUCCCCCCUCCCACGGUCGCUUUUUUUUUCCUUUAAAAUCGGGUUAAAAUCCGUCGAGCGGCGACCCCGAGGCCCUCCGGCGGCAUAAAACCGAACUCUUCCGCCGGAAGAGCUCAAUAUUCCCUCUCUUUCCUCCCCUCAUCCCUUUUCUCCUCCUCAUGGCGUAAUUUCUGGUCAUUCUUAAACCCCCGAGCGCCAUUUUUUGCCUCAAAGCCGCACUUAAAACCGCUGAGGGCGGCCUGUGAGCACUCCCACGCGAUUUAAGGCGUUUCCCCGCAGCUAUACCCGCAUUUUCCCUCCCAGUGCCUCCUUCUGGCUCUCUCAGGAUGAGCUUUUGUGUCUCUCACGCCUCUUUUUGGGUCAAAAAGAGCUGAAAUUGGGCCCGCGCGCACCGCGCAUGCGCAGGCCGCCUCCUCGCCCCGCCCCCCGGCGACGCAGACCGGAAAUCCCGCCCUUUCCCUUCCGCUUCCCGCCGUCCCCCGGAAGCGGAAGUGCCGUUGGGACUCGCGCGCCGGCGGAAGCGCUUCCGGGGUCGCCGUGAGGAGGAGGAGGAGGAGGAGGCGGAGGAAGAAGACGAAGAAGAGGAGGAGGGGGAGAAAGGAGGCGGAGAGCGGCGCUGCGGGGGGGGGAGGAGGAGGAGGAGGAGGAGGCGGCGGAGGGAGGAGGAGGAGGAGGAGGAGGGAGAGGGGCCCCCAAUGGCGCUCAGCCUCGACCGCGAUGCGUAUUACCGGCGGCUGCGGCGGCUCUACGGGGCCUGGCAGAAAGGGGAGGAGGAGUUGGGGUCGGUGGACGCCAUCGUGGUGGCCGUGGGGGUGGACGAAGAGAUCGUCUACGCCAAAUCCACCGCCCUGCAGACGUGGCUGUUUGGCUACGAGCUGACCGACACCAUCAUGGUGUUCUGUGAGGAGCGCGUGCUGUUCAUGGCCAGCCGGAAGAAGGUGGAGUUCCUCAAACAGGUGGCGGCCCCAAAAGCCGACGGCCCCAACGGGGUCCCUUCCAUCACUCUGUUGGUCAGGGAAAAGAAUGAGAGCAACAAAGCCAACUUUGAGAAGAUGCUGGAAGCGUUGAGGGGCAGCAAAGCUGGGAAACGCAUCGGGGUUUUCAGCAAGGAUAAAUUCCCCGGAGAGUUCAUGCGGAGUUGGAACGAUGCGCUCAGCAAGGAGGGCUUCGAGAAGGUGGACGUGAGCGCGGCCGUGGCCUACACCAUGGCGGCCAAGGAGGAGGUGGAGCUGCAGCUGAUGCGCAAAGCGGCCGCCGUCACCUCGGAGGUCUUCAGCAAGUUCUUCAAGGAGAGGGUGAUGGAGAUCGUGGACGCCGACGAGAAAGUGAGGCACAGCAAAUUGGCCGAGUCGGUGGAGAAGGCCAUCGAGGAGAAGAAAUACCUGGCAGGAGCCGACCCGUCGGCCGUGGAGAUGUGUUACCCACCCAUCAUCCAAAGCGGGGGGAACUACAGCCUCAAGUUCAGCGUGGUCAGCGAUAAGAACCACCUGCAUUUUGGGGCCAUCACGUGCGCCAUGGGGAUCCGCUACAAAUCCUACUGUUCCAACCUGGUCCGGACCCUCAUGGUGGACCCCCCCCAAGAGAUGCAGGAGCACUACGGCUUCCUGCUGCAGCUCCAGGACGAGAUGCUGCGCCACAUGAGACACGGGACGCGGCUGUGUGAGGUUCACGGGGCGGUGAUGGAGGCGGUGAGGAAACAAAAACCGGAACUGAUGGCCAAAAUCACCAAAAAUUUGGGGUUUGCGAUGGGCAUUGAAUUCCGGGAGGGCUCUUUGGUCAUCAACAGCAAAAACCAACAGCGCCUCAAGAAGGGGAUGGUGUUCAGCGUCAACGUGGGGCUGUCGGAGCUGAGCUGCAGGGAGGGCCGUCCCUACGCCAUCUUCAUCGGGGACACCGUCCUCGUCGACGAGGACGGCCCGGCGGUGGUUCUGACGGCGGUGAAGAAGAAGGUGAAAAACGUCGGCAUUUUCCUGAAGAAUGAGGACGAGGAGGAGGAGGAGGAGGAGAAGGACGAGGCCGAAGAUCUGCUGGGCCGCAGCUCCAGGGCUGCGCUGCUGACCGAGCGCACGCGGAACGAGCUGACAGCCGAGGAGAAGCGCCGGGCUCAUCAGAAGGAAUUAGCAACGCAGCUUAACGAGGAGGCGAGGCGGAGGCUGACGGAGCAGAAGGGGGAGCAGCAGAUCCAGAAGGCCCGGAAGUCCAACAUCUCCUAUAAGAACCCCUCCCUGAUGCCCAAAGAGCCCCACAUCCGCGAGAUGAAGAUUUACAUCGACAAGAAGUACGAGACCGUCAUCAUGCCCGUCUUCGGCAUCGCCACCCCGUUCCACAUCGCCACCAUCAAGAACAUCAGCAUGUCUGUGGAAGGCGACUACACCUACCUACGCAUCAACUUCUACUGCCCGGGCAGCGCUUUGGGUCGCAACGAAGGCAACAUCUUCCCCAACCCCGAAGCCACCUUCGUUAAGGAGAUAACUUAUAGGGCUUCUAAUAUGAAGACGCCCGGGGAGCAGUCGGUGCCGGCGUUGAACCUUCAGAACGCAUUUAGGAUCAUUAAGGAGGUGCAGAAGCGCUAUAAGACCCGCGAGGCGGAGGAGAAGGAGAAGGAGGUGAGGGGUUUUUAUGGGGUUUUUUGGGGGGUUUUUAUGGGGGGGGGUUUUGGGGUCAUUUGGGGGGGGAUUUGGGGUCAUUUUGGGGGGGAAAUCACCACGGAUCUGGGCAAGCAUCAGCACAUGCACGACAGAGACGACCUCUAUGCUGAGCAGAUGGAACGGGAGAUGAGGCACAAACUGAAGACGGCCUUCAAGAACUUCAUAGAGAAAGUGGAGGCUCUGACCAAGGAGGAGCUCGAGUUCGAGGUGCCCUUCCGGGAGCUGGGCUUCAACGGCGCCCCCUACCGCAGCACCUGCCUCCUCCAACCCACCAGCAGCGCGUUGGUCAACUGCACCGAAUGGCCUCCCUUCGUGGUGACGCUGGACGAGGUGGAGCUGAUCCACUUUGAGAGGGUCCAAUUCCACCUGAAGAACUUCGACAUGGUCAUCGUCUACAAGGACUACAGCCGCAAAGUGACCAUGAUCAACGCCAUCCCCGUGGCUUCCCUCGACCCCAUAAAGGAGUGGCUCAACUCCUGCGAUCUGAAGUACACGGAAGGGGUGCAGUCCCUCAACUGGACCAAAAUCAUGAAGACCAUCGUGGACGACCCCGAAGGAUUCUUUGAGCAGGGGGGGUGGAGCUUCCUGGAACCCGAGGGGGAGGGCAGCGAGGCGGAGGUGGGGGAGUCGGAGUCGGAGAUGGAGGAUGAGACCUUCAACCCCUCUGAGGAGGACUACGAGGAAGAGGAGGAGGACAGCGACGAGGAUUACUCCUCCGAGGCCGAAGAGUCGGAAUAUUCCAAGGAGUCGCUGGGCAGCGAGGAGGAGAGCGGCAAGGAUUGGGAUGAGCUGGAGGAGGAGGCACGCAAAGCCGACCGUGAGAGCCAAUACGAGGAGGAGGAGGAGCGCGGGCGGGGCAGGAAGAGGAAGGCCGCGUCCCACAGCCUGCGUGGGGCCGCCCCUAAAAAGAAGAGAAAGUGACCCCAAAGCCACCCCAAAACCGCCCCCCACGACACCCCAUAUAUAACCCCCACCCCACCCCCCUUUUCCCCCCUCCUCCCUUUUGUUCGGACUUUGCCGUUUUUUGGGGUUUUUUCACCCGAUUUCGGUCGGGUUUUUGGGGUUGGUUGGGGAAUGGGGGGAGCAGUGGGGUUUGGGGGGGGAUUUUGGGGUUUUUAUUUGGGGUUUUUUUUGGGGGGUGGGGGGUGAAAUAUGGGGGGGGGAUUUGGGCAGUGAGGAGAACCAAAUUGGGCCAAAUUUGAGCCAAAAUGGGAGAAAUUUGACCCAAAUUUGGGCCCCGUUUGGGUCGCCGAUGUUGGCCCCAAGGAGAGAGUGGGGGUGGAGGACCCCAAAAUGUCCCAAAUUUACCCCAAAAUGCCCCAAAUUUGACCCAAAAUGUCCCAAAUUUGAACUUAAAUGCCCCAAAUAUGCCCCAAAAUGGCAGAAAUUUGACCCAAAUUUGACCCAAAAUGGCAGAAAUUUGACCCAAAUUUGACCCAAAAUGGCAGAAAUUUGACCCAAAUUUGGGCCCCGUUUGGGUCGCCAAUGUUGGCCCCAAGGAGAGAGUGGGGGUGGAGGACCCCAAAAUGUCCCAAAUUUGACCCAAAAUGUCCCAAAUUUGACUCAAAUUGGCCCAAAAUGUCCCAAAUUUGAC